AUGUCUUCAGCGCAGUUGGCAGAGAUACAGCACAGGAUAGCGAACGUGUCAAGGCGCUUGCGAAGGAUGCAAGAGCGGACACAGCGACGUGCCCGCGUCCUCCGACUUCAAACCCUGCUGGUGUACAUCUAUUCAGGACAUCAGUCCGAUGUGGCUGCCCGUUUCUGGGUUUCUCAUACAGGAACCUCCUUGUCCUUGGGCGAGGCUGCCGCUCAUGUCGAGUGGUUGUACAUCAGUGCCAGUGUUGACGAGAAGGUGGAGAUGAUGCUCAAUCCCCGGUGCAGUCUUGGCCUGCGUCCUCUCAUGGUGGCCUUGCGGUUCAUCGUGGAGCUGCAGCUUCUCUCUUGGGUCCAGUUCCAGAACUACGAGUGUGGAGUCGCUCCAUCACGAAAGAUGUUGCUUGAUCAUGCUCAGUCUUGUGUGCCCAAGGAUCUGCCUCCAUCCCUCACUGCCCGAUUGCUCCGCCCUUUCAAAACUGCUCGCAGCCAGCGCAAGGCCUUG